AUGAGCGAGCCGGCCUGUGCCAUGACGCACGUGCAGCAGUCCUAUCAGCCUGCGAGCAUUCUGCCAGUGGCAGACGCCAGAGCAGAGCCGGAAGGUGGCCCAGCAAUGCCUGAGUGCCCCGGUUCAGAGAGCUGUGGACCAACAGGAGACAGCGGAUGGGUGGGCAGCCACUUGAGAGAGCUUGGGCUGGCAGGUGCUCUGAAGCCAUCCGAGCAGGAAAUGGAGAAUGCCCGCUCAUUGCCAGCUGACCGGCAUGUGAGCGAUGCACCUACACACAACACCUUCAGGAUGCCUCCCCAGCCAGAGGAGGUCCAGGCAGUGGCCAGCAUCAGUGUCACAGCAGAGAUCGCCCAGGAGCCUGCACUGGCGGGGGUGCGCUCUGCAGAAGUAUUUGUAUGGAAUGAUGGGGAUAAGGGGGAUAUGGCGAAGGAGGAGGGUGGUGGCUCAGGGUCGGAGUCGGACUCUGACGAUGAGGCGUUUCCUCUCGGCUCUGGCAGGUUGCCGCUGUCCCUCGGCGGCCGGCUUGCCGCUGCCGGCACGAGCCAGAGGCACCGCCUAAGCGUGAGUACGCAUGCCGCUGGCACGCAGCGGGGAAUGCCCCUGGUCACUGCAUCUGCCAGGGAAGCCAGCCGGAAGCUGGCUGACUACCUGCCGGCCAAGGUGGUUCAGGGCAUGAGGGACGCCGGCUUCACCCGCGACCUCUAUCCCUGGCAGGCGGAGGCGCUGAAUCAGCCGGGGGUGCUGAAGGGGCGCAGCCUGGUGUUCAGCGCGCCGACGUCGGCCGGCAAGAGCGCGGUGGCAGAGGUGCUCAUGCUGCGGCGACUGUGCGAGCCGCGCACGGCCGACAAGGUGGCGCUGCUCGUGCUGCCCUUCGUCAGCCUCUGCGCCGAGAAGGAGGCCCACCUCGAGCGCCUGCUCAAGCCCCUUGACAAGGAGGUGAGGGGGAUGUACUCGAACAAGAGCGGCGCGGCGGGGAUAAACCCGGAGACGACGGGCGUGGUGGUGUGCACGAUCGAGAAGGCCAACAUCCUGGUCAACCGGCUGCUGGAGGAGGAGAAGAUGGGCAUCCUCUCCUGCCUCGUCAUUGAUGAGCUGCACAUGGUGGGGGACGAGCAGAGGGGCUAUCUGCUGGAGCUGCUGCUGACGAAGCUGCGUUACUCGACAGCUGGCGUGGACGAGGUGGCAGGAGAGGGGCUACAGAUCAUCGGCAUGUCAGCCACCAUGUCCAACGCUGCCGCCUUUGCCUCCUGGCUGGACGCCGAGCUCUAUGAGACCUCAUUCCGCCCCGUACCUCUGCGCAAGUUUGUCAAGGUGGGGUGCCAGAUUAGGGAUGAGCGGGGGGACCCGGUGCGCAAGCUGGCGGCGGACCCCCACUGGGACCGGGAGGACCACGUGGCGCUGCUGGCACGUGAGACGGUUGACGCCGGCAAAUCCGUGCUCAUUUUCUGCGCCUCCAAGAAGAAAUGCAGCGACGUGGCGAGGCACAUAGCAGAGAUGCUGGGCUCCAUAGAGGAGCGCUUUUUGGGCGGUGAGGAGCUGGGCGACACCUGUCGCGCCGACUUCCACGCAGAGCUCCUGGGCCUGUCCGACAAGAACGCUGACCUGGCAUACACCUUCCAGUUUGGUGUGGCCUUCCACCAUGCAGAUUUGUCGCACGAGGAGAGAGCGAUUGUUGAAAAGGCCUUCCGCAGCGGCGCACUGCGGGUGCUAACCGCCACCAGCACGCUCGCUGCCGGUGUCAACCUGCCGGCCGCGCGCGUCAUUAUCAAGGAGUGGUACAUUGGGCUGGAGAGCCAGUGGCUGACGCGGUCCCAGAUUCGCCAGAUGGCCGGCCGGGCCGGCCGAGCCGGGCUUGAUGACACCGGAGAGGCGAUUCUCUGCGCCAAUCCCAGGAACCCGCGCCAGGCCGAUGAGAUCGCCAAGCUCAUCCAGGACGGGCAUGACAUGGUGGACAGCUGUCUGAUUGAGGGGCGCAAGGGAAUGGACCGAGCAGUGCUGGAGGUGGUUGCCAGCAAGGCAGUUGCCACCAAGCACGACGUCAAGCGCUAUGUGCAGUGCACCCUCCUCGCCGCCACCAAGGACUUCCAGGAGGUGGUGACAAAGGCGGCGACGGACGCGCUUCGCUCGCUGCAGCAGCAGCGGCUGAUCACCUGGGAGCAAAAGGCCGGCCUGUGGGGCCCAACCCUGCUGGGCAGCGCCGUUGUUGCCUCUGGCCUUGACAUCCAAAACGCCCUGGACUACAAGCAGGAUCUGGACAAGGCAAGGGAGGGCCUGUGCCUGGACAGUGACUUGCACCUGUGCUACCUCAUCACCCCCCGCUCUGAGGACGUCUGCCGAAACUGGGAAACUUGCUGCAACGUCAUCCGCUCCGUGCAGGGGGUGCAGGCGAAGGUGCGGGAGCUGGUGGGUGUGAACAUGGGAUGGCUGACGCGUGAGGGCUGUCACCUGUCGGCGCGCGCCAAGAUCCCCGACAAGCACAGCCACACCGCACGCGUCUGCCGCCGCUUCUUCACCGCCCUCGUGCUCUCCGAUGUCGUAGACGAGGUGGAGCCGCGGGUGAUCUUUGAGCGCUACGGUGUGAAACGUUUCGUGACGCAGCAGCUGCAGGAGCAGGCGGGCAAGCACGCGGGCAUGAUGGCCGCAUUCUGCGAGCGCAUGGGCUGGCGCAACCUCGAAAUGCUUAUCGCCGCAUUCCAGGCAGGAGCCCCGCCAAUUUCUCGCGCGCUGGCGGGCGUGAAGCAGGAGAUAGUGGCACUCACAGAGAUCCCCCACGUGGGGCCGGCCUCGGCGCGCCUGCUGUUCAACGGCGGCCUGCGCAACGCCGAGACCAUUGCCCGCCUGCCCAAUACCGACACGCUCGUCGCCAUCCUGUCCCGAGGCGCUUCCCCCCAGAUUUAUGCUAGCUGCCAGAGCGGGGCAAAGGCGGACCAGCGGAAGCUGCGGCGCUUCAAGACGCAGGCGGCCAAGAUCCGGCGCGGCGCGAUCGAGAUCCUCAAGCAGCAGAAGCGCAACCUCAUUGCGGAGGCAAAGGAGAAGGCGAAUGCGGUGAUUCUGGGGCUGGAGGCUGCGGGCGUCACAGGCACCCCACUCAGCCUGCCAAGCACCGUCGGAGGCUCUUCGACCGCGCCGGGUAGCGCCACAAAGAUUCCUGCCACACCCCAAAGCUUCCAGGGCUUAGUUGCAGUGGAGGACAGUGAGACGCUGGAGCGGGUGCAUCAGCUGUGGAGGGCCCAGCAGCGCUGGGCAUUCACUCUCGACUACCGGCCGCCGCAGCAGACCGCUGCAUCUCUGGCCGCAAAUGACCUCCUUCUGCCGCCGCUGCCAGGCAAGCAAACGGCUUCAGGCAUUCAUGAGACGCCCAGCGCGGCCGAGCAGGCGACGCCGAUCCACGACACAUUCGGCAUGGAGGAGCUCGACGGCGGCGACGCCACUAGCGCCGAAAUUUCUGGCGUGGCCGUUGCCUGGAACGAGCACUCCUGCUUCUACCUGCCUGCAACCCCUGAAGCGUGGGAGGUGGUAGCGCGCAUGUUGGAAUCGCAGGCUGCCCAGAAGCUGACGCACGAGCUCAAGCCGCAGCUGGCGGCACUGCUGCGGCCGACCCGCGGCUGCGGCGGCGCGGCGCUGCGGCCGGUGGCGCUGAGCGGACGCCUCGUGGACGUCUGCAUUGCCGCAUGGCUCGCCAUGCCCGACUGCGCCGCCGUCUCCGACAACCCCAACACCGCUGGCUUCAGGGCGCGCUCACAGCCUACGGGAGUGGAAGGCCUGCUGAAGGCGUGCAUGCAGCAGGCGCCCACGGAGGCCAUCAACGCUCUCGCGCGCAGCUCCACAUUCUCCCAGCGUCGCAAGGACGCCUGCAAGCGCGCCGCCGGCAUUCUGCGCCUGUACAACCACCUGCACGCGGAGGGCUUGCUGAGGCCGUUGAGGGAGGUGGAAAUGCCACUUGUGCCGCUGCUGGCCCACAUGGAGGCCGUGGGCGUGGCAGUCGACCCAACCAUCUUCGCCAAGCACAAGAGGCCGCUGGAGCGGAGGGUGGCGGAGCUAGACGCGCUGAUGGAGCGCGCGGCCGGCGGCGCAUUCGACGUGGCGUCGCCCAAGGAAGUGCGCGAGGUGCUGUUCGAGCGGCUGCGCCUGCCGGUGUUGGAAGAGCUUGCGACUGCGCACCCAGUGGCGCGGCUGCUGCAGGAGCGGCGCACGCUAGCCAAGGUCCUCGCCGACUUCGUCAACACCUUCGCGCACCGCGCCCGCCGCGCCUCCCUCGGCAGCCCAGGCGUCGUGCGGAACGGGGCGCUGGUGCGCAUCCGCGGCAGCUUCUGCCAGACCUCGUGCGCGACAGGUCGGUUGGCGAUGGAGGAGCCAAAUCUGCAGAAUGUGCCUCGGCCGCGCGCAUUCUCCGUUGAGGCCACCCAAAGCGCCACGCAGCUGCCGGCCGCCGACGGCCGCGCCGCGUCCCGCCGCGACCACUCCGCCAACAUCAGGCGCGAGCAUGGAGGAAUUGAAAUGCACAGGGAGGCGUUUGUGGCGCCGGCUGGGCGAGUGCUGCUGUCGGCGGACUAUGCGCAGAUGGAGCUGCGGCUGAUGGCGCACAUGAGCGGCGACACGCGCCUGAUAGCCACUCUCUCCGAUCCCGCCCAGGACCCCUUCAAACACUGGGCCGCCCAGUGGCUGCGGAUCCCUCCACACUUGGUGAGCGUGCAGCAGAGGGAUCACGCGAAGGCGAUGGCGUACGGGCUGCUUUACGGUCUGGGCAAAGACCGGCUGGCAGCGCGCAUGGAGGUCACGCCCCAGGAGGCCGCGCAGAAAUCAGCCGACUUCCGCGCCAGCAUCCCCGUGCUGGACGCGUGGCUGAAGCGGGUGGUGGAGGAGUGCCGGGCGCGCAAGUUCAUAACCACGCUUGCCGGCCGCCGCCGCUACCUGCCGGACAUCGGCCACUCCGACCGCGGUCGCCGGGGGCGCGCCGAGCGGCAGGCCAUAAACAGCACCGUGCAGAUCCACGACGAGCUGCUGUUUGAGAUAGAGGAGGGCGCGUUGCCGGCGGCAGCAGCGUUGAUCAGGCAGUGCAUGGAGAAUGCUGCACCGUUAUCAGUGCCUCUGCGCGUCAAACUGAAUGUUGGCCCUUCCUGGGGCGGUCUGCAGCCCUACACCGAUGCCUGA